UUUGCCUCUUUCCCCUGAAUUGAAACCCUAGUGUUUAGCUUCUUGCUUUCUCUUUUUUCUUUUAUAUUUCUUUCUCGUUUUUUUUUAUCAAGUUCUUCUCUGUCGACAAAACUAGGGCAGAACAGAGAUGGCUGGUAAAGGAGAGGGUCCUGCUAUUGGUAUCGACCUCGGAACUACAUACUCCUGCGUGGGAGUAUGGCAACAUGACCGCGUGGAGAUCAUCGCCAAUGACCAAGGAAACAGGACUACGCCGUCAUACGUUGCGUUCACUGAUACGGAACGUUUGAUUGGCGAUGCGGCCAAAAACCAGGUUGCCAUGAACCCGGUGAACACGGUCUUCGAUGCAAAGAGGUUGAUUGGACGUAGAUUCAGUGAUGCUUCUGUUCAAAGUGACAUUAAAUUGUGGCCUUUCAAGGUUAUUCCUGGUCCUGCUGACAAGCCAAUGAUUAUAGUCAACUAUAAAGGCGAAGACAAGCAAUUUGCUGCUGAAGAAAUCUCUUCCAUGGUUCUCAUGAAGAUGCGUGAGAUUGCAGAGGCCUACCUUGGAUCCACAGUGAAGAAUGCCGUGGUCACUGUGCCUGCAUACUUCAAUGAUUCACAACGUCAGGCCACAAAGGAUGCGGGUGUCAUUGCUGGCCUCAAUGUUAUGCGUAUUAUUAAUGAACCUACGGCUGCAGCCAUUGCCUAUGGUCUUGAUAAGAAGGCAACUAGUGUUGGCGAGAAGAACGUUUUGAUCUUUGAUCUUGGUGGCGGUACAUUUGAUGUCUCUCUUCUUACCAUUGAAGAGGGUAUUUUUGAGGUGAAGGCCACUGCUGGAGACACCCACCUUGGAGGUGAAGAUUUUGACAACAGAAUGGUAAAUCACUUCGUUCAGGAGUUUAAGAGGAAGAACAAGAAGGACAUCAGUGGAAAUCCGAGAGCACUUAGGAGGUUGAGGACUGCUUGUGAGAGAGCUAAGAGAACCCUCUCAUCCACUGCCCAGACUACUAUUGAAAUUGAUUCCUUGUAUGAGGGAAUUGACUUCUACUCCACCAUUACUCGUGCUAGAUUUGAAGAACUCAACAUGGAUCUGUUCAGAAAGUGUAUGGAACCAGUUGAGAAGUGCUUGAGGGAUGCCAAGAUGGACAAAAGCACAGUUCAUGAUGUCGUGCUUGUUGGUGGAUCUACUAGAAUUCCCAAGGUCCAGCAGCUUUUGCAGGACUUUUUCAACGGAAAGGAGCUCUGCAAGAGCAUCAACCCUGAUGAGGCUGUUGCCUAUGGUGCUGCUGUACAAGCUGCUAUUUUGAGUGGUGAAGGUAAUGAGAAGGUGCAGGAUCUCCUGCUGUUGGAUGUCACUCCUCUGUCUCUUGGUCUAGAAACAGCUGGUGGUGUUAUGACUGUGUUGAUUCCCAGGAACACAACCAUUCCCACAAAGAAGGAGCAGGUCUUCUCCACUUACUCCGACAAUCAGCCUGGAGUGUUGAUUCAGGUAUACGAGGGUGAGAGAACAAGGACCCGGGACAACAACUUGCUUGGCAAAUUUGAACUAUCAGGGAUCCCUCCUGCUCCAAGGGGUGUUCCACAGAUCACAGUGUGCUUUGAUAUUGAUGCUAAUGGUAUCUUGAAUGUCUCUGCGGAGGACAAGACAACUGGUCAGAAGAACAAGAUCACCAUCACCAAUGACAAGGGAAGACUGUCUAAGGAGGAGAUUGAAAAGAUGGUUCAGGAGGCAGAGAAGUACAAGUCGGAAGAUGAGGAACAUAAGAAAAAAGUUGAGGCCAAGAACGCAUUAGAGAACUAUGCAUACAACAUGAGAAAUACAGUUAAGGAUGAGAAGAUUGGUGCCAAGCUCCCUCCACCUGAUAAGAAGAAGAUUGAGGAUGCUAUUGAGCAGGCCAUCCAAUGGCUCGACAGCAACCAACUUGCCGAGGCUGAUGAAUUUGAGGACAAAAUGAAGGAACUGGAGAGCAUCUGCAACCCUAUCAUUGCAAAAAUGUACCAGGGUGCUGGGGCUGAUAUGGGUGCAGGAAUGGAUGACGACGCCCCUGGUGCUGGUGGAAGUGGUGCUGGUGCUGGUGCUGGUGCUGGCCCCAAGAUUGAGGAAGUGGAUUAAGUAUUUUCAUUGCCUAUUUUUAUCUUGUGGGUUUCAUUUCAGCAACUUAGGUUUUUAUUAUUUUGGCUUUAAUUGGUUUUUUAUGGCUUUGAAGAACAAUUCUAAUAGUCUCGUUAUCGGAUAUUCAGUAUUUCGUUGAACUUAUAAUUUGGUAUUUUUGCCUGGAGGCUGAAUUUAGGUUUGAAACAUUGAUCAGCUUUUGUGGGAUAGCGACCGCCCAGGUGUGCAUAAA